CGCUGUCGGAAUGUUAUAAGUGUGACACUCAGCGGAAGUAAAUAAACAGGAGUGGCUUUGAAGGAGUUGAAUAAAACGAGGAGGAUUUUCUGUCGUUGUAUCGCAGUUAUUUUCUUCACGUGUGUGUGAUCAACAAUGUCUUCAGCUGAAUCACUGAGAGAGUUUAUCACCGAGCGGCUGACUGCUGCUGCUGAAGACAUAUUUGUAGUUUUUCAGAGAACCGUCGUCCAGUAUGAAGAAGAGAUCGACCGUCAGCGCAGACUGCUGGAUAUGGCUUGGAAACCUCACAUAAACGUGCACAGAAUCGAGAUCCCACAGCAAGAUGUAUGUGAGGAGGAGCAGGCUCUCUCUGACCCACAGCUCUGUAACCAGGAGACGAGCACCAGUCUGGACCAGGAGGACCCAGAGCCUCCACAAGUUAAAAUGGAACAGGCGGAGCUCUGCACCGGCCAGGACUGGGAGGAGUUUGAACCGGAGCAGGAGACUGACAACUUGAUGCUGACCAUAAAAUGUGAAGAGAGUGAAGACACUGAACCAGAACUGAGUAUGGAAGACCAGCCCCAUUCUCCAGACUCUGAUGUUGCUGAUAACCAACAGAACACAACACUGUCAGAGACUCACUGUGAUCCUCAUCAAGGUGAAAAGUCUUUCAAACGUGACACAUGUGGGGAAGCUUUUAGAUACAUGUCAGAAGUAUGGCCACAUCAGAGUGUCCACAAAGAACAGAGGGCACAUACUUUUAAUAUUUCUGGUGAAACAUUUAAGAACAAUUCGAAGCUGACUUCUCAUAAAAGACCCCACAGAGUCGAGGGGUCAUCUUCCUGUAAUCCAAGUGGAGUAGACUUCAGGUCUCACCAAUCACUGACUGACGACACAGGAGCACACACAGGUGAGAAUUCUUUCUCAUGCUACUUCUGUGGGAAAGAAUUCCUCAUGAAAUCACACUUGAACAGUCACGUUAAAAUUCAUACAGGCGAGAGGCCGUUUACUUGUCAAACCUGUGGAAAAGGCUUCAGAUUUAGCCAUUCGUUUGAAGUUCAUAAGAUGACACACACAGGCGUGAAGCCUUACUCCUGCAGCAUCUGUGGAAAAGGGUUUGUUCGGCAGUCAAACUUGGAGAGUCAUAGAUCAAUUCAUACAGGUGAAAAGCCGUUCAGCUGCCCAACAUGCUUCAAACCUUUCAGACAGAAAGACGUCUUGGCAGUCCACAUGAGAACACACACAGGGGAAAAGCCUUACUCCUGCAACACCUGUGGGAAAAGAUUCAGUCAGUUACCGCACUUGAAAAGGCACAUUCAGACUCAUGUAGGUGAAGGCCAUUCACCUGUGGUACCUGGUGGAAGUCUUUGAUCUUUAGUGGGUCACAUAAAAACUCACAUAGGUUCAAAUGUGGGUCAGGUUUUUGAGGAGCAGUGAGAAACUCUGGUGAAGCUGGUGACUGAUCUCAUAACAGAAUGUCAGAGUGAGGAGUCAAAGCACUGUUUGAGUUUACAUUGUUUAUAUGUUGUUAUUACUUGCUGAGUUAAAUAUUGUAACAGGCAGUCACAGGGUUCAUUUGUUGUUUUUUAAAGUACUAUUUUAUUCUGUAAAAGAACAAAUGUUUCUGUCACUUGUGUAGUUCAUCUGUAGUUUGCUUUGUUGUUCUAAGUUCAGGGUAUGUUCAUUUACUGUUAUAACGUUCCCUUCAUGUUAUAUUCUAAAGGCUGGUUGCGAAACUAAUAUGUGUUGUUGAUGAGAAUAAGCAGACUUCUGUUCUUGAACCCAACAAAACUCAUGAUAAAAACCAAAAUACAUUUCUAACUCUAGUUUGAAAAAACUGAAAUGCAUGUGAUAUUUGAGAUGCUUGCAUUAGUGUUAAAACAUACAUAAGCAUAUUUUAUAAGACUGCACCCCUGCAUUUCCUGUUUGUACAGUUGUGCUCAUAAGUUUACAUACCCUGGCAGAAUUUUAGAUAUUUUUGGCAAUUUUUCAGAGAAUAUGAAUGAUACGAGAAAAACUUUUUUUUCAUUCAUGGUUAGUGGGUAGGUGAAGCAAAAUUUUUAUCAAACAACUGUGUUUACUCUUUCUCUUUUUAUAUCGUAAUGACAACAGAAACUACCCAAGAAACCAUAAAUUCUGCCAGGGUAUGUAAACUUAUGAGCACAACUGUAUAUACAUGUGUGGGAGCUAAUCAUUAAGAUGAUUUUUUACAUUUCUAUUUUAGACUAACUUUUAAUUCCCUCUGGCUCGCAAAGGAUGAAACAAUGCCCUCCUGGUAAUUAACCCUCAUCGUAUGAGCCUUGCUUUUGCAGAGUUUGAGAGUUAGAUUAAUUGUAAUGGAAGUCUUUCUUCACUUUUAGUGUUUAAUAAGUAAACUAAUAUAAAUAAUCUGAACAAUUCAGUGACUGUUUUCUUGUGUUUUGUACAAAUCCAUCAUCUGAAAGAACCCUCAGCUAACUAAUAGUGCCUCUGUAGGUUCACUUCAUGUCACUAUGACUGCUCAGUUAACAUCAACUGUGAAGAUCUGAGUACUGUCACCACUGCAGACAUGGUUUAAGUACAAAAUCAUUCUCUGCAACAUGACAAAAGCACUUCUUUCAUACAUGUUAAAACUCAUUUAUUGAUCUAUACAAAUGUAGGUAGAGGGUCUUGCUGUUUUUUGCUUCUUUUAAAUGUUCUAUCUGUACUUUGGAUGGAUGCACAUCGGUUUGUGUGAGACGAUAAGAAAAGGUUAUCAAUAAAGUUUGAAAAUAAAUAUCUCUUUUCAUCAA